AUGACGGUGCUCGGACACCGGGGUGGCAGGGAGAUCACCCGCAAUUUCCGGGAUGAAGAGGCUUGUCUUGUGAGAGCUAGUCCUCCAGCACAGAGCGAGGGGGACCGGGACCCCGAGGCCGAGGCUGCUGACUGCCUGACACUGACCACAUCCCGGGGAAGCAGGGUGGCAGCGGGCAGCGGCCUGAUGCACCUCCGGAGCUCUGACAGGGCUGUGGCAGGCCUGGCUCUCCCUGCCUCCGUCCAGGGGGAGGGCAACCUGACAGCCCUGACACAAAAAUGGAAAAGGAAAAAGGAACAGUGGCAUGACCUAGAGGCAGAGGUGGAGGAGACACUGAAGCGACUUCAGAGCCAGAAGGGAGUACAGGGCAUCAUCGUGGUGAACACAGAAGGCAUUCCCAUCAAGAGCACCAUGGACAAUCCCACUACCACACAGUAUGCCAACCUCACGCACAACUUCAUCUUGAAGGCCCGGAGCACCGUGCGUGAAAUUGACCCCCAGAAUGACCUCACCUUCCUUCGAAUUCGCUCCAAGAAAAAUGAAAUUAUGGUUGCACCAGAUAAAGACUAUUUCCUGAUUGUGAUUCAGAAUCCAACUGAAUAAGCCACUCUCUUGGCUUCCUGCGUCAUUCCUUAAUGUAAUAGCCCCUAAGAGUGAUAAUAUUAAUCAUGUCAACCAACUAGCAGGUGCAAAUCACCUUAGAGCCUACUUAGACUGAUCCAGUGCCCAAAGUCAUCAAAGUCAUCCCUCUGCUGGCCAGUCACCCUUGAAUUCUUGGGAGGACCUUCUUUCCUCGCCUCCAGAUUUUGGAGCAAGAGCUUUGAACAGUCCACACACCCUGCUUCCUUCCAUCUGACCUUCAGUUCACUUUGUCACCCUUGGAAAAGUCUGUUUUUCUUUAACUAAAAAUAACUAAAAUGCUUAAAAA